AGUUCUCGCCGAGUACGUCGCUUCGAACGAGAAUCCCUCGGUAGAAGUGGUAGCCCUGUUGCUUAAAUACGGGGCACGAGUUGUCAUCAAGACGCAGUUUCGCGAUCCUCACGGUAUAUUGAACUCUCUUCAGAACACGGCUGAUAAACCACGGCUGCUCAAGGCGUUGUUGGAAGCGGCGGAAAGCUUCGAUCCUUGCAUGAUAAGAAGAUCGAGCAGUUUGACAGACGCGCAAAAAGAACUUGUCAUGGAAGCGGCGCGAACACCGUUGCCUUUAACCCACCAAGCAAGAUUAAUAGUACGUAAGCUUUGUGGUACCAAGCUGCCCAAGAUUGUACGAAAAUUACAGCUGCCUCAGUCGCUGCAUCGCUAUCUUCUCUACGAUUUUCAUUGAGAUAAUUGCUCGAUUGAAUUUUCGUCGCGAAUGUGAUUCUUCACAUCAAAAAUGAUCUUCUCCUUGUUCGUUCCGCUCAACUAUCAUCGUUGGCAUUCUCCCUCGUUACGUUAUCUCUUACUACAGUAUUUAUUCGUUAUACGCUCGUGCUCUUUUUUAUAUGUAUAAUGUGAUCGAGAGUCAACCCUAUCGAUAAUAUUACGUUGAAAUAAUAUUCGUUUUCUAUUAGCUAUCAUCGUCUACGUUCGUCGUAGCGGAAAUGAAAUGAAUCUAUGUACAACUCGCAAUCGAGUUGUAAACGAAUAAAUAUGUAUAUUAAGAGUUUCAAGGCGUAUUAAUUUCAUCAGAACACGUUAUUUAUCGUGUUUGAUACUUAUAACGAUUGAUGUCAAUUUAUAUAUUACAUACUUAUCUGUAGUAUGUGAAUAUUUUUAAUCCGAGCGUAGAUGCGCUGUUCGUUCGAUCGGAAUUGUAAGGAGAUAUACAUAUAGGCAAUCUUAAAUUCUAUUUCUUUAUAUGUGACAAAUAUUUUUGAUGAAUAUUUUUUGCAAUGUAUGAAUUUUAUGUCAACUGUUAUAUUCAUGCUUUUUACGUCGUCUUUAUUCUUCUUUUCUCGAAGUAAUUUUGAAAUGAGACUCGUCCACGACACUUUUGUACCUUUAUUUAGAACACGCUAAUAUUCACGAAGUUGCGCGCGUCCACGUAAAUAAAAUAAGGGCGUUUAUAUGAAUAACGGAUGAUUCUGUCCCACUGUAUGUAUGUAUGAAUGUAUGUGCGUGUGCGUUGCGUAUCGUACGCGUAGGUAUUUUCAACGUGUAUUAUUGUACAUACAUAUUUUAUAUACACUUGGUGCUGUUAAGUGUCAAGAGAUGAAGUAAAAUAAACAAAGAAUUAUCUCUAUGUUUACAUAUGUAUUUAUAUAUGUAUAUAUUAUAAUGAAAAAAUGAAUGAUGAAAAAAAUCGCCUUAUUUAGAAUUACGAGUAUGUUUUUUGGUAUGCAUUCGUAUAAUGUGCCUUGUGAUUAAAAUUCAUGGGGAACAAUUCCAAAGAUAGAAUGGAACAUGGAAUAUGAAAUAAAAUAUGGAAUAAAAGAAAUAUAGUAGACAAGAAAUUGAUAAAAAGUAAAUCUUAUUUGUAUAAGAGAAAAAGCAUGGAUGCAAAAAAGAUAUAAUAUGUAUAACAAUAUACAUAAUUAUCAUUGGCCACAAAAUCGCAACGCAUAGAAUGUUGGCUGGUAAAGUAUGACGUCGAUUCAUUCUCAACUACUUCAUCUUAUACUAUCUUGUUCUACACUCGAAAUAGCAACCUCGAUACGGUGACCCGCGUCAAAGCAUUCGCAAUCGUUGCAUCAUGAUUUUAAUUCACAGUGUGGAAAUUAUACGCGCAAUUUAUCUUUAAUGCCAAUUUCGAUACAUUUAUGUACAUAUAUUACUACUUUCAUUUUUUCUUUUUCUAUAACAGAAGCAAGAAUUAUUAUUAUAAAUUUAUUAUUAUGUGUUUCUAUGUAUAAAUAUAUAUUUAUACACAUAUAAGUGAGUAUCUUUAAAAAGUUAAAAAUGAAAGAUUGAAAUUAUUUUUGGCAACUUUUUUUUAUUACUUCAUAUGCAAUAGGAGAUUGGUUAAGAGGUGUCGUAAGUUGUUAAAAGACAAUAACGUAAAAUGAAAUGAUAAAUAUAUUAAAACUUGAUAUACCUGUUACCAUUAUAAAUUAUAAUAUUAGUAUUCAUAAUUUAUUUGAAUUUAUUCAUGAUUUAAAUUUGUGAUUAUCGAUAAUUAUACAAUAUUUUUUUGUGAAAUUUUUAUGUUUAUGAAUUUAAUACAUUCGCAUUUACAAAACUUAUGAUAUUAUAUUUUUAAUAAAAUAAUAUCUGAAUUUUUUCGAUAUUUACUGAUUUUAAUACUCUUUAUUAUUUAAAAUGAAUUGAUAUACAUAUCAUAAAUAUUUACUUGUAUAUGUUAUGAUAAAUAAUAUUUAUAUUAGUUUUAUUAUAAUAUGCAUCGUUACAAAUAUAAAUAAUACAUAAUAUUUAUAAAAUAAAGAGAAACUUCGAAAAAGAAAAAUUAUAAAAUGACACGAGAGGGCACCAUGUGUAUCAUUGAGGAAUAUUGCGAUGAAUCGAGAUAUCGAAUCGAAUUAAGUCAAGUAAGAAUGAAAUUAAAUCGAUUUAAAGCACUACGAAUUGAGAAUAGUAUAGAGAAUGUUGGCAAAAAGCUAGUAGAUGGCUAACGGUAGAUAUUUAUAACAAUAAUAAAAAUAAUAUCAUAUGUAAGAGAAAACAGAAAAGAGAAGAGAGGAGUGCGCUUUCAGUAAAGCGACGCAAUUAAAGAUGAAAAUGUCUGUCAGAGCAUUAGGACCUUUUUUUCGGUCUAAUAAUCUGUUAUUCAGAACAUUGAACGAAAAUGUUGUUGCUAAUAACAGAAUUAUACCUUUGGUUAAUAUCGAAAGUCAACGACGAGAAGCGCAUCAAUGGAUGCCUGAUAUAGACGAAUAUAAACAUCUUCUAAAACAAGAGUGUUCUAAAAUAUUAGCUACAAGAGAGAAAAUAUGGCCUUAUAUCAAGCCAAGCUGGAAUGAAUCACAAACAGUAUCUUCACAACUAGCACCGGAAUUUCGAAAUGUAGUGAUCAAUUUUGGUCCCCAACAUCCAGCUGCGCAUGGGGUAUUACGAUUGCUAAUUGAGAUGAAUUCUGAGUAUGUAACUCGCGCUGAUCCUCAUAUAGGUCUUUUACAUCGGGGUACAGAAAAAUUGGUAGAAUAUAAAACAUACAUGCAAGCCUUACCAUAUUUUGAUCGUUUGGAUUACGUAUCCAUGAUGUGCAAUGAACAGUGUUUUUCUAUGGCUAUUGAGAAACUAUUAAAUAUUGAUAUACCCUUGCGAGCAAAAUAUAUUAGAACUUUAUUUGCCGAGAUCACAAGAAUUCUAAAUCAUAUUAUGAAUAUUGGAACGCAUGCCCUUGAUAUUGGAGCUCUAACACCAUUCUUUUGGCUAUUUGAAGAACGAGAAAAAUUAAUGGAAUUUUAUGAACGUGUGAGUGGUGCUCGCAUGCAUGCGGCUUAUAUUCGUCCUGGUGGUGUUUCAUUGGAUAUGCCAUUGGGUUUAUUGGACGACAUAUAUGAAUGGAGUUCGAAAUUCACUCUCCGAUUAGAUGAAAUAGAAGACUUGCUAACAGAAAACAGAGUAUGGACUGGACGUACAAAAGAUGUUGGAGUAGUGACGGCAGAACAGGCAAUAGAGUGGGGCUUCAGCGGAGUAAUGCUAAGAGGUUCCGGAAUUCAAUGGGAUAUAAGGAAAAAGACACCUUAUGAUGCUUAUGAUUUGGUCGAAUUUGAUGUUCCAAUUGGCUUAAAAGGAGAUUGUUAUGAUCGAUAUCUUUGCCGCAUGGAGGAGAUGCGUCAAUCAUUACGAAUCAUUUAUCAAUGUUUGAAUCAAAUGCCAGAGGGUGAAGUGAGAAUCGAUGAUGCAAAAAUCGUACCACCUAGAAGAGAAGAAAUGAAAACCAGCAUGGAAGCAUUGAUACAUCAUUUCAAAUUGUAUACUCAAGGAUUCCAAGUACCUCCUGGAUCAACAUAUACUGCGAUCGAAGCACCAAAAGGUGAAUUUGGUGUGUACCUCGUAAGCGAUGGUAGUAGCAAGCCUUAUAGGUGCAAAAUCAAAGCACCAGGUUUUGCUCAUUUGGCAGCACUGCGUCAUAUGGGUCCUGGAUGCUUACUUGCUGAUAUCGUAGCUAUUAUCGGUACCUUGGAUGUGGUAUUUGGUGAAAUUGAUAGAUAAAUUAUUUACUUGUUACUCUCACUAGAUGUAUUUAGUACAUAGAAAAUUUCUAAAUGCUGUUUUCCAUUCUGUACAACAUAGAAAACAUGCAUAAAUGAGAGAGAGAGACAGAAAAAUACAAUAAAAUGUAUUCGUUGUUAUUUCGACCGAAA